AUGCGUUCCCCAACAUCCGCGGCUGCAUGGUGCCGCCCUGCCAUGCUUGCUGGCUCGGCCUUCCAGAAGGGAUUGGCAUCUCCGCUACGCCUCGGCGUCGGCCUGCAGUCUGCACUGCUGCUCCGCUCUCGGCCCGUCCUGCCCUCCCGCAGCCUGUCCGUGGCCACCGUCUCGCCCUACACUCGUUCCAACAACGACCACGGCCGCUCCCAUAACGGCUACGCCUCAUCUUCUUCUCAGUCGUCCCGCAUUUGGUACCUGGCCGCCGCUGCACUGCCCUUUACGGUGGCAUCUGACUCCCCUGCGCCAACCUCGGCGUCAUCCUGGUCGUCUUCAAACGGUGCACAUGGUCUUCCGAUAAACGCCGAGGUUGUCAGCGAGGUGUCCAAAGGCAGCGUUAUAGGCUUCCUGAUCGGUCUCUUCGUGAGUACAUUUUCAAGGACGCUUGUGUUGCUGCUCGGCGCUGGCAUUACCUUCCAGAGUCUGGCAGCUCGGGCUGGCAUCGACCUUGUAAAAUACCUCCAGCUGAAGGAGCGCUUCAAGUCCUCCCGCAUCCUUGCCUCAUUGGCCGAGCACACCGCAUUCAAGCUAGCCUUUGGCAUCACGUUUGCCAUGUCUGCCUUUAUGUACAUCUGA